AUGGCGUCCAGGGCCAAACGGAGGGCUGUGGGAAGUGGGGUUCCGCAGCCCCUGGGCGCCCCGGUCCAGCGCGAUGACGAAGAGGAAGAUGAAGUCGAGGAUGAGGACGAAGACGAUGACGACAGUGACGAAGAAGAUGAAGACGACAAGGUCGUUGACGAGCUUUUUCUAAAGGCUCCUGUGAACACUGCAGAGCUAACAGAUGUCUUAAUUCAACAGAACCAUAUUGGGAGUGUGAUUAAGCAAACGGAUGUUUCAGAAGACAGCGAUGAUGAUGUGGAUGAAGAUGAGGUUUUUGGUUUCAUAAGCCUUUUGAAUUUAACUGAAAGAAAGGGUACUCAGUGUGCAGAACAAAUUAAAGAGUUGAUUCUAAGCUUCUGUGAGAAGAACUGUGAAAAGAGCAUGGUUGAACAGCUGGACAAGCUUUUAAAUGACACCACCAAGCCUGUGGGCCUUCUCCUAAGGGAAAGAUUCGUUAAUGUCCCUCCACAGAUUGCUCUGCCCAUGUACCAGCAGCUUCAGAAAGAAGUAGUGGAGGCACACAAAACCAAUAAGCCAUCUGGGAAGUGCUGCUUUUACCUUCUGAUUAGUAAGACAUUUGUGGAAGCAGGAAAAAACAAUUCCAGAAAGAAAUGGAGCAACCAAAAGAAAGAUGAGUUAAUGUUUGCAAAUGCAGAGGAAGAGUUUUUCUAUGAGAAGGCAAUUCUGAGGUUCAGCUACUCAGUGCAGGAGGAGAGCGACACCUGUCUGGGUGGCAGAUGGUCUUUUGAUGACGUACCAAUGAAGCCUUUGUGAACUGUGAUGUUAAUUCCAGCUGACAAGAUGAACGAAAUCAUGGAUAAAGUGAAAGAAUAUCUAUCUGUCUAACUCAUUUCCAGUGGACAGUGAUGGGCCUGCUUUUGUAAAAUUACCAGAAAACUCAGUGGAGAAUUACUGAAAAACUUAUAACUUUAUUUGGAGUAAGGUCCUCUACAAAAGGUAGGGUUCUGUCCCGUGUGUCUGUGACACAUUUACAAAAUAUCAGUUUUUAAAAAUUUUGGUCAAAUUAUGAAUGGUUGAUUUAAAAACUUUUCCAGGAAGAAGAAAAACAUGUAAUUGAAAGAACUCAACAAAAACUUCUAUUUUUUAUUUUAAAAUAAAA